ACGCUACUCAACGCUAGCGGUUUGGUACGAAAACAACCGGAGAAACGAUUCAACACAAGUGUUUCCGCCACGAGCUAAACGGUUCGAUUGAAAAUAGGUGUUUAGUUUAAGGCGAAUAGUUAUCCAAAUUUGUGGUGUGUUAUUGUGGAUAUUUUGUUGAUUUUGUUUUAUUAUUUCGCGAUUUGAAAAAAGAAAGUCACGCAGAGUGUGUGUAUGUGUGGGUGCGCAUGAGUAUAGCGUGAUUGAAAAAGUAAACAAAAAUUCAUUGACCUAUUCAUACUUCGAACUCGUAUAUAUUAAAUCAUCACACCCUUGUGUACACUAAAAACGAAAUGAAAUAAAUUAAUAUACAAUUAAACACACAUUUAAUAAUUAUAACACGCAUGCGCAUAUACAUAGCGCUGCAAAAUGACGUUAACGGUGUUCGUCAGCGAUAUCGACAUGUGCACUGAGCGUUUAUGGCCUAAAAAUGGAAUCCAGUAAAGCCAUUUACCUAAUGCAGUCAACUAAAGCGACGACAGCGCACCACAGCCAGUAAACGCAUUAAAAAACAAAAGAUAAAACGUGACUUCAAAGAAGAAGAAACACUUUAACGAUUUCCUUUCCAAUAAGCAACAAAGAAACACUCAUAACGUAAUAGCCGCAUUACAUAACUUAAGAAACAGCCUUGAAACUGAAGUCUAUAAUAAUCUAAUUGGCCCACAUAAAUCAACACCAACAAAGUGCGCUUCAGUGCCUAGACUUUGGAGUCUGUAAGUAAAGAUGCUGCUUCAUUAACGAAAUCAAGAAGCAAGCCAGCAACACCAUCAUCCAGUCAACUAUGGUCAUGGUAGACGAAUUUUAUUGAAAGCCGUUAGACAAAUAAAAAAACAAAACAACAUUCCACACUGUGUAUGUGUGUGUUAAUAGAUACAAAAUCAAACAAAAAAAGAUCAAUAAAAUACUAAACAUACUUUUGUACAAAACGACUUACAUUCAUGUGCAUACAAAUUGAUAAAAGGAAAUAAACAAUUAAAUAGGCAGCUCCACCCCGCAAAAUGCCGAACAGUCGACAGUACAUACAGCCAAAACAAAAGUGUCAUCGAAAUUGCCAGCAAUCUCAACAGAAGCAACCACAACAAGUACACGCUCAACAACCCUCAGUUUCGGCAAAAUAUGUCAAACGUUAUGAAUGUCGUCAAAAUCAUCCUGUUGCUUUAAUUGCAAUUCUUUUAAUAGGAUUUAUAAAAACUACAACCGCAUUAGCUGAUGAGCCUGUAGAAUCCUUCAUUAGCGGUGCGAUCAGUGAUAUUCGAGGAGAUAAUGCCGAAACUACCAGCAACCAAAAUAGUAAUAUAAUCGGAGAAAUUGUAGACGAAAUAGAUUUUGAUACUGGUCCCACUAGCGACGGAAACUCCGAUACACAAUAUCCAAAUGGAUUUCAUACAAAAUUCUCUUCAGUAGAUAAAGAAGUAGUUGAUCGUCUAAUUAGACAAUGGGCACCGAUUGUAUGGUUGGCACCGGAGGAAAAAUUUAUGCCACUCGGUGUAGAUGAAUUUCUAAAUAAUGUACAUCCCAGGGAUAAAGGCAAAACAUUUAUACCACGCAUGCCAAUUGGCGAUGAUUCGAAAAAAGCAUAUUUGGUGACCAACGAAGAGAUAGACGAACUUUUAGAAAAUGACAAGUCUUUUAUCUACGGUCGUAAUCCAAACGAAUCACCAGUGCCAAUUUACGCAGUGGUUACGCUUUGUAAUGAACCUAUGCGGAAAACUGUCACAAAGCUAACGCCAGCAACUCCCACAACAGCACCACACACAUCACAAUUUAAUGGUUUGCAACAAAAGUUGCUAGUUUCCGCAACUCAAACAUUCCUGCCCAGCUCAACGUCUACGUUGGCAUCCACAAUCACAAUAAGCAGCACACGUGGACCUUACAUUCCCGUCUCAAUCGAUCCAUAUGAAGCGCGCAAUGUCACGAUACGCCGUUCAUCACGACUGUACCCUGUAUUCAAACGUGUGCGACGCAAUAGUUUACGUCUGGUCGAAAACGAAUAUAAUUUACCAUUAUCGCCGCCAAUCGUGCUCAAUUUACCGCCUAAAGGUUUAGUGGUAGAGCCUUAUAACGAUCUUGUCUUGGGUGAGAGCCGUCCAGUUGCUGUAGAGCAGUCAACUGGCGCAGCUGACGUGACUACUACCGAUUCUCCAAUACAAGCAGACAAUAGCGGACAAGUUAACAAUUUCAUUGCCAAUUUGGUGGACAAUGUUAAAUUCAGUAUGCCUAUCGAUGAGAUGUUGGAGGACAAUACCGUAGAUAUAGGCAGCAGUUAUGAUCAUCUUCUGACAAAUAAUGAUGGUGAAAGGCGAAAGCUGCGUAAAAAGAUGCCCAGCUUUCAUGUGACAUACUGGAUGUUUUAUCCAUAUAGUCAAGGCAAAACAAUGUGUACACUUAGCCUAGGGCCGCUGGGCAGCAUUCCAUUUCCGGCUGUAUAUGGAUUCUGUUUAGGACGUCGCAAAGAUAUUGGCAGUCACAUUGGUGACUGGGAACAUAUGAGCUUAUUUUUCACUGGCGAUGCUGAACCAGAAGCAAUGUAUGUUUCAGCUCAUGAUGCAGGCGCGUAUUACUCAUACAAUCGUCUGACCGGAUCAUUUGAGUUUAAGAAACAGGAAACUCGUAAAGGCAUAUUACAGAGGCCAAAUUUUCCGAAAACCGUGACAACAUUUAAUAAUCACCCAGUACUUUUUGCGGCAAAAGGUUCUCACGGUCUGUGGACGGCACCAGGAAAACAUCGUUUUGUGAAAGUAGCGCGACUUUAUGACAUAAAUGGAUUUGGAACACCAUGGAACACAUGGAAAUCGGUGGAUAUUUCAUAUGAAAACUUAAAAUCUUACGGACGUGCACUGGUGCCAUCAUGGUUAUCAUUUAAAGGUAAAUGGGGUAAUCCCAAAAGUAAAUGCCAUCCAUUUCGACGAAUCGGUUUGAAUUUUUGCGAAUACACCGAUGGUCCCACUGGCAUACCAUUAAAAGAACCGCAUUUUCAAUGUGGUGCAGCUUAACAAUAUGGACUUGUUUUAUAUCUUCUUAAGUAUAGACUAGUUAAUUUUAAUAUUUAUUACAAGAAUGUAUUAUAUUUACAGACACUGUGCACUGAAUCAAUAAUUGUGUUAAUAUAAUUUUUUUAUGAUAAAUUCGAAAAAAAUAAUUCAUUAUAGUCUUAUUUAUUGAAUAUAUGCAAUGUCUGCAAAUUAAGUUAAAUGUUGUUUUAAAACAGUUUACUGAUAUCUGACGGUAAAUAAUCUCUUCAAAAAUAAUUUGCUAUAGAAGAGUUAUGUAUGUAAAAAUCAGAAAGCUACCUUAAACCGGUUCUACUACAAUCGGAUCUGUUUAACAGAAAGCAACUAGGAUUUUUCCGGCCCACAACAGCCGGUUCUACGUUACCGGAAUUGAUCCGGAUUUUGUCGGGGCAAGGGCUGUUAUUUCGGUGAUCUAGCCCUGUUUGGAUCGGUAAGUUUUAGUCUGAGUUUUUUUUAAGGAUUUUUCCGGCCAAGAACCUCAAUACCAUAACCUAUAAAACUCAUUGAAAAUGCGAGAACAAUAUUGCUCCAUUCCACUAAAAUCUAAAGAGUUGACAUUAGCGGAUAUUAAAAUGUUUUUCCUCAGAUUUGUUAAUUGUUGGGGUUAUGAAGCUCUUGUAGCAAAAUUCAUAUGUAUAAACGUAAAUUAAUAAAAAUCAUAAUAUCACAUUAUAAUCACACAAAGUACAAAUAUGCACUUACUUGAAAUAUUAAGUUGGCACUCU